GUAGUACGUCGCGUUGAUCCCGGCAGUAAGAUCAAGGACGUCCAAUCCUACGAUCGUCUCCUCACAGUGAACGGCAACAGCGUCAAAGCCGCUGGCCUGGUGAAGAUGAUUGCUGACAACCGACACCUGGAGCUGCGCUUCCAGCGACCCGUUCUCAAGGAAAUCAAACUGGAAAAGAAGGGCAAGACCGUUGGAUUCAAGGUCGACACUUCCUUGAAUACCUACGGACUUGUGAUCGAGGACUUGACCGAAGGUGCUGCCCUGGACUUGCCUGCAGGAACCUUCAAGCCCAUGGACCGCGUGAUAGCGGUGGAUGGGCCUCGCAGCAUGCUGCUGCUGCUGCUGCUGCUGCUGUUCCAUCAGUGCCCUGUGGAACUGCCGUUUGCAUGGUGGCAGUCCCGCAUAUUCAUGGACCUUGCGACCAAACAAAACAGAUCCUGCGUUCUCAUAACGGGCACAUACAGUCGGGUGCAGGGUUUAGAUAUGUUAUGAAGAAAAUACGCCAUGAGCUUAUGCCUAGAAGACCAACAACAAACAACAUGUGAAGAUAACUCCAUGCAUGGACGGCCACCAUUAUAGCAGAGCAAUGCUGACAGCAAAUUGCACAGCAUGGCAUUCCUUGGAGUACAUAUUUUUCCUGGAGAUUCUUGGCACGACAGCUACUAAACAUUUGCUGCGAGCUUCAUUGCGUGGCUCAAAGUGUAGAUGCUCACUGGUUGUUCACCUUUGGACUUUUCAUUGGUUUGCAUCCUAUGCACUUGUUCGGUUGAGGCAAAGAAGCUCCUCCAAGCCAAUUGUUGGAGAUGAUCAAAGCCAGUGAUGCUCCCACGCUGAGAGUGUGCUCCUACUCUGACUGAUCCGAAGAAUCCAGAUUGGGAUGAUUUUUACAGCCGACACUGGCCAUUUGGCCCGACCGAGGGCUCAGAACAGACCUGGCAAAUGAAUGAGGCACUGACA